AUGGAGCGCCGUCGAAUCCGCAUUGGAAUUAUUGGCGGAGGCCUGGCAGGCGCGUCGAUCGCCAAUUCUCUGUCUCGACUUCCCCAUAUCGCAAUUGAUGUUUUCGAGGCGGCCCCUGAGUUCUCGGAGCGCGGUGCAGCAGUGGGACUGUCUCCCAAUUCUCAGCUAGCACUUCAAGAACUGCUAGAGGAUUCCAGAGAGGCUCUGAAGAAAGCCAAAAGCGUUCCCAUUGCCAGCACCAGGCUUAUGGUUGGAUCUGGUCCAAAUGCAGGCAAUCUCCUUAUGGAUUUGGGUGAUGCCGCAAAGGAGGACCCCGAGCUCAUCGUCCACCGAGCCUCGCUCCUCCGAGAGCUCCUUGCACCAUUGCCUGAAAGCAUAUUACACCCAAACAAGAAAAUGACCUCUAUUGUUUCAACUGACACAGGAGUCAAGGUCUUCUUCGCUGAUGGAACAGAAUAUGAGUUCGACGCAGUCAUCGGAGCAGAUGGCGUGUUUAGUAUCGUCCGCGACUACGUCUUAUCUGAUAAAUCCAAGCAAUAUUCGGCAUCUCCUGCCGGCUUUUGGGAUUGCAGGGUUCUGGUUCCUUUUGAGAAAGCAAAAAAGGCUUUGGGUGAAGACCUUUUCAAGCUUGAUCGCCAAUAUGGCUGGUUGGGUGAGGGUGCCUUUAUCAUGCAUGAUGUUUUGGAGAACGGAACGCUAGUCCAAUGUGUGAUAUCUGGCGUUGAGGAUGAACCCCCCAGUGAUCGAAAACAUACACUCACGAGAGAUUUCCUAAACAAAGCAUUGGCGAACUGGUUGAGCGGCCCUAUUGCCAGCGGGGUGAUUGAUCUCGUGAUGGAGCAAGAUGACCCUCGAGGGUAUUCCCAGUGGGAACACAAGGCGACUCCUACAUACGCCCGCGGUCGAGUCUGUAUUAUGGGCGACGCUGCCCACGCCUCGACGCCUUGGCAGGGUGCUGGCUCAGGGCAGGCCUUUGAAGACGGCAUGAUUCUCUCGGCUCUCUUGAGUCAUAUAUCAUCCCCCGGAGAUAUAGAAGCCGUGUUUAAAGUAUAUGAUGCGAUCCGAAGACCAAGAGGCCAGCGCGUCAUUGACUCCAGCCGUGGGACGGGGGAGAUCAUGUGCGGGAAAUCCGAUGCCGGGCUAGACCCAGGAAAGAUAAUGCAGGCACUUGCCCCACGAUGGGGCUUUCUCGAACUGGACUUCAAAUCUUAUGUCCAGGAAGCGGUGCAUAAACUCGAUGAAAGUCUCAGCGCUUGA